GAAGUAGUGUAUAAAUAUAAACACAUAAAGUACAAUCAAGAAUAGUAGGUAGUGCAAAAGUUUUGCACAGCAUUCGGAAGUUAUUUUAAAUCGUAAUGGCGCAACAGAUGAAAACAGUUGCGGUAUGGUUUAUUUUGCUACUUCAGAGCAUAACUUAUGGCGAACGAACGCGUGAUAAAAUGUAUCAACCAAUUGUGGGGGCAGCCUGCUUUCGGCGUCUGAAUGGCACGCACCAGAUCGGAUGCUCAUCUACGUAUUCGGGCUCAGUGGGCGUGCUACACUUGGUCAACAUCGAGGCAGAUCUGGACUUUCUGCUUACAAGCCCUCCAUCACCACCAUAUGCACCAAUGAUACCACCUCAUCUGUUUACACACCGUAAUUUGUUACGCCUAAAGGAAGCUGGUCCAGACAUUAUCUCCGUGGUGUUGCUCAUCAAUCGUAACUCUGACAAAAUGACUCAGUUUUCGCAUGAGCUCAAUUGCCCAAAUCAGUACAGUGGCCUGUUAAAACCAAACAUCAGCGAAUCGGCGACUUGCGAUGCCAGCAAUCCGCCCAACAGUUGGAAUCCCUGGGGCACGGGGCUCCUCCACCAAGACUUUCCCUUUCCUAUCUACUACAUAGCGGAUGUUAACGAAACACAGACACUGGUCAACUGUUUUGAAAAAUUCAAUAACUUCGAUUACGAAUCACACGCGCUGCGCAGUCUUUGCGCAGUGGAGGUUAAAUCCUUUAUGUCGGCAGCUGUUAACACGGAAGUGUGCAUGAGACGCACAAACUUCAUCAACAAUUUGGGCAGCACUAAGUACUGUGACCCCUUGGAGGGGCGCAGUGUAUAUGCAACGCUCUAUCCCCGAAAUUCUCCCGAAAACUUAACCACGGAAGUGCCGCGUAGUGUCAACACAGCAGAGAAGUUUAUAUUGGUGACAACUCGCUUAGAUACUACCUCCAUGUUCGAUGGUGUGGGUCUGGGCGCACUGGAUUCUUUGAUGGGUUUCGCUACAUUGACGCAGGUCGCUCAUCUUUUGCGACAACUGCUGCCGCCACAAGGAUCGCUACCUGAUCCACGCCGUAAUGUGUUAUUUGUGGCGUUCAAUGGAGAAUCUUUCGACUACAUAGGAUCCCAGCGUUUCGUCUAUGAUAUGGAAAAUUUGGUGUUUCCCGCGCGGUCCACGAAAUCCACACCCAUCUCAUUUGAAAACAUUGAAUUCAUGCUGGAUAUAGGCACUUUGGACGACAUAACAAACAUCAAGCUGCAUACGUUGAUAACAACACCUUUGGCCCAGGAUUUUCUUAAGAAAUUGAACAAUUACGCUAGCUCGCCGCGGUAUGGAUUCAAUCUAGACAUUCAGUCGGAUGUUGGCAUCCAAAUUCCGCCCACAUCGGCACAAUCAUUUCUACGACGAGACACUCAAUUUCCCGCACUUAUCUUGAAUGCGGUGCCUGCCAACAAAUACUAUCACUCUAUCUACGAUGAUGCAGUGAAUGUGGGCUUUAGCUAUGCCAACACCAGUCGAGACUACAUAUCCCUCAUCGACGUGAGCGAGUCGAAGAACUAUUUUAAUGCCACAGCGCUACAAAUGAAGGUCGCCAAUGUGUCAUCGAUUGUUGCUUUCGCUCUCUAUGAAACGCUGACUGGAUUACAGUACACUGGCAACAAAGUCGCCAAUCCAUUGUUGGCGGAUGAGUUCCUCUAUUGCUUCUUGCAGUCCGCAGACUGCCGCUUAUUUAAGGCCUCUUCGUACCCCGGCAGUCCGAGUGGCUUACCUCUACCUCCGAUGCGGUAUAUAAGCGUUUUGGGUGGUUCGCAAGAAUCAUCAGGCUGGACGUAUCGUCUGUUCGGAUAUCUACUUUCGCAGCCCCAACCUAGCGUAGCUAAAGAAAACUGCACUAACUUACCAUUGCAUUGGGUUGCCGGCAUAAAUGGCACCGGCGAGUGUCGCCUGACUACUCAGAGUUACAUGGAUGCGCUGAGUCCGGCAUUCCUUAUUGAAAAUUACGAUUGGCGUUCUGGAAAAUACUCUACGUGGACUGAAUCAACGUGGUCCCAAUUCAGCGCCCGCAUCUUUCUACGUCCUUCCCAUGUGCAUAAAAUCACAACAUUAACUAUUGGAAUUGUGGUUCUUGUAAUUUCAUUCUGCCUGAUAUAUAUCAUUAAUUCGCGUUCGGAUGUACUUUUCGACGAUGUACCUGCGAGCAAUGCAGCCUUAUUUGGUUGAUGUUUGGUUCGGGUGUAUAACUCGACUAUAAAAUCAACAGCAACAUCGACAAAAAUGCCGUCAUCAAGCGUAGCACCUCAUAUCCAAGAAAUGCAUAAGCAUGCCGAACUUGUUCAUGAAAUAGUUCCUGUUUGACAACUCAGUUAUAUUCUGGAAUGGAUUUUUAUUGAUAUAUACAAUUCUAGGUUCUCGCGACCCACGGCUUGUUAGAAAAGCGGCUCAGCAGGAGUUUCAAAUGUACACAAUGGCAUACUACAUUAACCAAGAUACGUUAGCUGCUGCCAAUCAAAAAAUUCCCUUUAAUGAUCUGAAAUUUUUGACUAAAGACACUAAAUGAUAUUCUAAUUUAUCGUAUUUGUUUAAGUAAAGAUGUAUUUCACUAAUUAUUAACUAAUUAGUGACUUUUUGUAACAUAGUUAACGUCUGAAAAAAUUUAUAAAUAUAUAUAUAUAUUAUCCGUAUAUUAUAUGUAUGUAUGCGCGUGCGAAAACUUUUUUUUGUCCAUUUUAUAAUUCAUACAAGUAAUUAUUUGUGACUGUAUAUAAAAGAAAAGUUGUUUACAAUGUAAGAAAAGACAAAUUUAAACUGAAAGAUACGGGACAAGUAAAGAAAGGGAUUCAUGUACAAAUACAAAAAUGCCCACAAUUAUUUAUAAUUCUUUUGAUAACAACACAAUUGUAAUCUAUUUUGGCAAAUUAAAUAUAAACCAUAAACAUAA